AUGAAGGUUACUCCUCCGCUCUCUAAGGGCUUUUUUGCCCGAAGCUUAGAUGAAUUCAAACGAUUAUCAAUGAGUGCACUCACCGCAGAAGGCACAAGAAGAGCUACAUCUCCAUUACAUCUCGCAAAUUUCCACAAUCCCGAGUCUCUCAAAGACUGCAAAGUCUUCUCCGAUGCUGAUAUGGGAGGCUUCUCACGAGUACAUUUCGACUGGAUGCCUCCCUCCGAGAAGUCACAACCUAUCCCUUCCAAAAACAAGAAUGGUCACGUCAAAUUCCAUGGGAAUAUAUCGAUAGACCUGCCCCCGAAUAGGCCUCAAAUACAGCGAAGCGGCUUUGCGGCUUGGAGGACCCUCGAUCAACCAUCUACAAUAUUCGGGAAAUCACUAUGGAAUAUAGAUGUAUAUGGAUUCCUUGCCCUGCGCAUCAAAAGUGAUGGGAGGAAGUACUUUGUGAACAUACAGACAGAAUCAAUUGUGCCUACGGAUAUCCAUCAACAUAGAUUAUAUGCGCGAAGGCCUGGAGAGUGGGAAACAGUAUUGAUUAAGUGGAAUGAAUUUGUGCGGACGAACCAUGGUGUGGUUGUAGAACCACAAGGUGAGAUAUUGAGGCAGAGAGUUCGGACGGUAGGAAUAGGGUUGAUUGACAGGGUUCCUGGUGAUUUCCAGCUUUGUGUGGAAAGGAUAUGGGCUACUAAUGGAUUGAGUGAGGCAGAUUUAGAAGAGGAUGGCAGAAAGGAAGAGGGACAAUUGAAGAGCAAACAUGGCGCGAAUAUCAGAUGGAGUGAAGGCAGAGCGGACUAG